UAACUUGACGUCAGCGAGAGCGAGAAGGAGGCGUAAGCGCUGACUUCAGACCGGUUUAUCGCCGAAACUGAGUAGGACGCCGGGCUAGUGAGCCCCCUUCAAUUAGUUUCAUUAAAGAGAACAUCGGGUUGUCACGUUAAACGUCCAGGACGACGGAAACAGUCGCUGACGAGGUUCAAGAAAAACAACUUUGAAGGACAAACGCGGGUGCAGUUGAAUUAACUUUAAACUCUCAGUUUUUGGGGGACACAACUUCCAGGCGAGGGGACCCCGGAGCGGCCCCGGUCCACAUCAGCAGCUCAACUCGGGGGCCCGGCGAGCGUCGUGUCGGCAGCGGAUCCCCAGGAGUUUCCAGAUUACGAAGGGAGAGUUGAUUACAAGGUGCCGGGUCACCCGGACAGAGACCUCAUGAAUGGAAAUCGGAACAACAGGAGCCGCUGGAGCCCAAGCCUUGUUUUCGUUGCCACGGCGACCUGGCUAUGGCAGCGUUGGGAAACCCAUCAAGCUUCUGGCAAACUGCUUCCAGGUGGAGAUCCCCAAGAUUGACGUCUACCUGUAUGAAGUGGACAUCAAGCCGGACAAGUGCCCUCGCAGAGUCAACAGGGAGGUGGUGGACUCUAUGGUUCACCAUUUCAAAGUGACUAUCUUUGGUGAUCGCCUGCCAGUUUAUGAUGGCAAGAAAAGCCUCUACACUGCUACCCCACUGCCUGUUGCCACUAGUGGGGUGGACCUUGAUGUCACCUUGCCAGGUGAGGGUGGGAAGGACCGUUCAUUUAAAGUCACCAUUAGAUUUGUGUCACUGGUCAGCUGGCACAUGCUGCACGAAGUCCUGACCGGACGCGCUGUGGCCGAACCGCUGGAUCUGGACAAACCUCUGAGCACGAACCCCGUUCAUGCUGUGGACGUUGUCCUUCGACACCUGCCCUCCAUGAAGUACACUCCUGUUGGAAGGUCUUUCUUCUCGUCCCCUGAGGGCUACGACCAUCCGCUAGGAGGAGGACGGGAAGUUUGGUUUGGUUUCCAUCAGUCUGUACGGCCAGCCAUGUGGAAAAUGAUGCUCAACAUUGAUGUGUCAGCCACAGCCUUUUAUAAAGCCCAGCCAGUCAUCCAGUUUAUGUGUGAGGUCCUGGACAUCCACAACAUUGACGAGCAGCCUCGCCCACUCACUGACUCCCACAGGGUCAAGUUCACUAAAGAGAUCAAAGGUCUUAAAGUUGAAGUGACACACUGUGGGACCAUGCGUAGGAAGUACAGAGUGUGCAAUGUGACCCGACGUCCAGCCAGCCUCCAGACAUUUCCGUUGCAGCUUGAAAAUGGCCAGACAGUGGAACGCACAGUGGCGCAGUACUUCAGAGAAAAGUAUAAUCUGCAGCUGAAGUACCCACACAUGCCUUGUCUACAAGUAGGCCAGGAGCAGAAACAUACCUACCUGCCCCUGGAGGUGUGCAAUAUUGUUGCUGGGCAGCGCUGCAUAAAAAAACUGACAGAUAACCAGACAUCCACCAUGAUCAAAGCAACGGCCCGGUCUGCUCCAGACCGUCAGGAGGAGAUCAGCAGGCUGGUGCGCAGUGCAAAUUAUGAAGCCGACCCGUUUGUCCAGGAGUUCCAGUUCCGUGUGCGUGACGAGAUGGCUCAGGUGACGGGCCGCGUCCUGCCGGCCCCCAUGCUGCAGUAUGGCGGCAGGUUGAACUCUGAACCCUAUAUGAACCGCACAGUGGCCACACCCAGCCAUGGGGUGUGGGACAUGAGGGGGAAACAGUUUCACACAGGAGUGGAGAUCAAGAUGUGGGCCAUCGCCUGCUUCGCCACCCAGAGGCAGUGCCGAGAAGAGAUCCUCAAGAUCUUCACUGACCAACUACGAAAAAUCUCCAAGGACGCUGGGAUGCCAAUCCAAGGGCAGCCGUGCUUCUGUAAAUACGCCCAGGGAGCUGACAGUGUGGAGCCCAUGUUUAGGCACUUGAAGAACACUUACCCUGGGCUGCAGCUCAUCAUUGUGAUCCUGCCUGGAAAAACACCUGUUUAUGCUGAGGUGAAGCGGGUUGGAGACACGCUGCUGGGCAUGGCUACCCAGUGCGUCCAGGUGAAGAAUGUGGUGAAGACGUCUCCUCAGACUCUCUCCAACCUCUGUCUCAAGAUCAACGUUAAGCUCGGAGGCAUCAACAACAUCCUGGUUCCAAACCAACGGCCCUCUGUGUUCCAGCAGCCAGUCAUUUUUCUGGGAGCAGACGUCACUCAUCCUCCAGCAGGAGAUGGGAAGAAGCCGUCUAUUGCAGCAGUGGUGGGCAGUAUGGACGCCCACCCCAGCAGGUACUGCGCUACAGUGAGAGUCCAGAGGCCCAGACAGGAGAUCAUCCAGGACUUGGCCUCUAUGGUCCGAGAGCUCUUGAUCCAGUUCUACAAAUCAACACGGUACAAGCCAACUAGGAUCAUCUUCUACAGGGAUGGAGUAUCAGAGGGCCAGUUCAGACAGGUGCUAUACUAUGAGCUGCUGGCCAUCAGGGAGGCUUGCAUCAGUCUGGAGAAAGAGUAUCAGCCAGGGAUCACUUUCAUCGUCGUACAGAAACGCCACCACACGCGGCUUUUCUGCGCUGAUCGCAACGAGCGGGUUGGACGAAGCGGAAACAUUCCUGCCGGCACCACGGUGGACACAGACAUCACUCACCCCUAUGAGUUCGACUUUUACCUCUGCAGUCAUGCUGGAAUCCAGGGUACGAGUCGUCCCUCCCACUACCACGUUCUGUGGGACGACAACUGUUUCACUGCAGAUGACUUCCAGCUCCUCACCUACCAGCUGUGCCACACCUACGUCCGCUGCACGCGCUCCGUCUCCAUCCCAGCGCCGGCCUACUACGCUCACCUGGUGGCCUUCAGGGCGCGCUACCACCUGGUGGACAAAGAGCACGACAGUGCGGAGGGCAGCCACGUCUCAGGGCAGAGUAAUGGCAGGGACCCCCAGGCGUUGGCUAAGGCUGUUCAGAUCCACCACGACACACUGAGGACCAUGUACUUUGCCUGACACCCUCCCUUCACAUCCCUCCACAGCGAGUCUUAAUGUCCGACUCUCGUCAUCGUGCAGAGGAGCCUCGUGCUGCUGCGUUUUUGGUCACUGGAACUUAACGGCGGCUGCGGGAGGAUCAACUGAGCCAGAGAGGAGUUAAAGCCACGUUAUGCAAUUUAAAACCAGCCAAUCGUUUCUGUGCUCCUGCCCGUGCGUCACAUUCUCCUUCGCAUCUUCUUUGCAGAAUACGUCAUAAUAUCCUUUGUUUGUUUGCUCUCACACAUCAAGACCUCGCCUUUCAGAUUUGGCAGCAUUUUAGUGAUUAUUUUUUUUAUAUUUAAACAAUGGUGCAUGGGUGGAAACAAAAGAGGGAGUAAGGACCUGGUUUGCUUCGUAGCCUUAUAUUGAGCCUGAACGUAGUCAGAUUUCUAUGUAUGUUUCUGUGUUUUCACUCAUUGUGUGUGUUGUCUUGACCGAGGCAACGUGUUGGUCCCUCAGCGGUUUUGCCGUCUCACCUCUGUCUCUCUUUAAGCCUCACAGUGAGACACCUGCCCCUGCACUUAACACAGACACUGAAGGAAGUCUUAUCCGUUUUAAAUCACAGCCACGUCAGACCUGGGUUUCUCUUGUUGUCCCACUGUGAGGAGAGGGGCAUAUAACGUUGUGGGCGGUUUGGAGCGUUACAGCAAACGCUUUGUGUGUGUGUUUUAUUCCUCUUGCUAUUUGAGGUUUUCUGUUAAUUUAAAUCCAGUUUCACCAGUAGAACGGAGCAGACUGUUCGUGUCGUCCGACGACCACAAACCUCCUGGAACAAUUGAAUUGUUAAGAACUUCUGCAGUGCAAUAAGUGUAGGUUUGUUGCCGAGUGAGGUGUUGAGUAUUUGUGCGUUAUGAGUUGUGGCAAGUGAGUGGAUUGAGCAAUGUGCAGUAUUUGACAUUGUGUUGAAGUGGGCUUGGUGUGCAUGUGUUUUAGGAGAGCUGUCUGGAAAGGGUUUACUCGCGCAGUAUGUUGUCAGAGUGUCUCUGUGAACGUAUUCACGGAGACGGUGUCAGAAUCUCAAGUUUAAAUACUGCACUGCCCGACUCUGAGGACUGUAGCUGAUCUGAGCCCAGGCCAGUGUGCGCUUCAAAUGUUAGGCUUUAUUUUCGUUUUUUUAUUUUGUUAGGAGAUAAUUACUCUCACAUUGACAAUCCAAAGAUGCACAUCUGAGGUGAACAUAGAGCACCGUCGCAUAAUACACAGCUAACUGUACGUUGGUUGUUGGAUAUUAUCAUUAUUAAAAAAUGAGGAAUUUAUGAUGAAUCAUAAAUGCAGUAAAAACUAUUUUGUUUAAAGUCAAAUGCCUUAAAAUCAUAUUUAGAAUUUUAUUUAAAGAUUUAAAGUCUGAGACUUUAUUUUUUAGCAUUUCCCUGAACCUCAGCCCGUCUCUGGUUUAUUAAAGUUCGACCUGUGCCAUUAUAAUUAGUGAAUGUGUCACUAAACUGAAGUUUAGGUUCUGCGUCCAGGAGCGAACCAGACACGUCAUGUCACGCUGGCUCUAGGGAAGACAUGAGCUGCACUUUGCAUCAGUUUUACAUGAUACCAACUCAAAAGAGAAUACAUUCAUUAAGUGCAGCCUUUGUUUUUAGAGAGUCUCUGAAUUUCUCCUGUGUCAAUGUGUUGGCCACGAACCAAACCUUAGCUGCUGUGAGAGAACAUUUAAUUUAACCGCUCAUCAGAUGCAAAUAGUUUACAAAUAAGGAUUCAGAGACAUAAAGAUGUAUUUUAUUGGUUCAUGGUUGAAUCGUAAUGUUGAGGUUUUCUAUUAUAUCUGUCAGAUACAGUCAAAGCCUUUUAUUACAAAAUAUCUGUGUUGAAGCUGUUUCCUGUCAGACAUUACCAGCAUUUGGUUUUACUUGAAGACUAUUUAUAAUAGUUGUCGUCAUGAACAUUGAUCAUCCACUAAAGUCCUCUAAUAUAAUGUAGCCUUAUAGCCUUUUCCUCUCAUGAUGCCUCGUACAGCAGUUUGACCUCUGAAGCCUGUUGUCAAGGCUACACAAGCCUUUUUCUAAAUCACAAAUACACAAAGACUUUUAAGCCUCAAUGGGCAUAUAUUUAAAAAUGCUAAUAUAAUUCACAUUAUUUUUUCUAACAAAGUCCUAUUUGAAGCAGAAGCUUAAUAGCACUGUUGGAAUAUGGUGUCUAACAACUUCAGUGACCUGAGAUUAUGUUUCUGAAUUUGAUGAUGCAAUAUGUAGGGAUGAAGAGAGUAAACCGGUUGUUCUGGCUUGUUUAUGUGUUGACAUGACUGUUUGUCAAGUACUGUGGAUGAAUCAUCAACCCUCUCUCCUCUUCGUCGUUCGAUCAUCUCAGAAGCUCGUUAGUCAUAUUGACGACUCGCGAUUGUCAUCGCGAUGCGGUUCGUAGACCGGAACAGUGUUUUUAAUGAGGAGGAGGAGGGUUGAAAGUUCAUCCUCGGACCGAUUUGUCUGUGCCUUUCCUAAUGGUGCUGGAAAAAAGAGUGAGUUUAGGAAUAUUUUCAUUCAGAAAAGUAACACGAAUAAGUAUAUACUGAUACAAGACAAUACUGUUAGGCGUGCUUGAGUCUGGUUUACGUGUCCGUGUGAGUGUGGAUACCUCUGACAUGCCAAGAACACAAUAUAUGCAGACGUGAUGGGUGUGGAGCUGACAGGACCAAAAGGCCUAUGGGGAUCGGCUCAGUGGACGGGCACAACCCACAAACUAAGACCUGGGGGACACUCGUGACUCCGUAGGUGACCAGCUGUAGUACAAGCGUCAUGUAGCAUCAUUUAUUUAUCUCUAGGUUCUGACGCAGCCUCUUCCUUCCUGUAAGUGUUGGUCUUUAACUUGUGCUCUGUACUACAACACUGACGUCUCCUAAACUUUUCAAGGUGUCUAAUGUGAAGCUUAGGCGUUUCCAGACUUUGGGGUAGUUCUGUCGUUGAGUUGUGCCCGUCGUCCUUGUCGAGGGAUCCCCCACCAAAUAAACCUCUGCAGCGUCCUGCGUGUCAGACUCCACUACAAAUUCAACUUUGCGUUUCUCUGUGUGUUUUUUUUGCUUUUAAAUUUACCCUGAUUAUGAAAGUCUGUCACUUUUUAGACAUAAAACUGUACUUCGAGACCUGUUAUGUCUUAAAACUUCACUGAUCCUGGUCCCAAGUUGAGCCUUUUUAUUUGGUUGUUGUAUUUAAUUUUUUGGAAUAAAUACUGUUAAGUAAU